AUGUCACAUGUGAAUGUAACGCACGGCUUCCACUUGGUAACGGGAAAAUUUGAUCAUGCUACGGAAGACUAUGUUGUUUCACAUUUUAAGCAAAUUGAUGAUCAUGAUCAGCUAGGAUUGUUUGCAGUAUUUGAUGGCCAUCAGAGCUUUGAAAUUCCUAUAUACUUGCAUGUUCAUCUGUUAAAAAACACCAUAAAUGAGCCUGAUUUCUGGAUAGAUCCGGCGAGUGCAGUCAAGAGAGCAUAUCGUGUAACCGAUACUAAUAUACUGCAAAGUGAUGAUUUAAAAAAAGGAGGUGCAACUGCGGUUACGGCUAUAUUGUUCAACUGCCAGCAGAAGCUGGUGGUAGCCAAUGUUGGGGAUUCUCGUGCUGUUAUCUGCAAGAAUGGUGUGGCUAAACAACUAUCUGUUGAUCAUGAUUCAAUCAAAGAAAAAGAAGAAAUUGAAAAGAGAGAUGGUUACGUAUUAAUCGUUCCAGGGAAACUUCCCCGUGUCGGCUGGUGGUUGGCUAUGCUGUAG